UGGGAAAUACCAGGAGCUGCUGCUCGGGCUCAGACUAAAUAUAGAUAAAUCUCAAGGGAACCCCACGUUCUGAGGUUUUAUAUUUCCUUGUUUUCGUGCCAUCGUUAUUCUUUUCUACGUUUCAAGAGAAACAUACCUUAAUCUCCAAUCUCUACACGCGUAGAGCGAAUUUUUUUUAAACAAUUGGGCACUCUGUAUCCAACAAGUGCACGCCGCCCUUGAAGCUCGACUGCGCUUUUUGAGAAGCGGUUUACGCGAAAACAAUCAGUUGGAGAUGUCUGCCUUACGAACUGGAGGUAGAAUCGAUCGACUCGCUUAAGGGUCGCCACCGCGCGCGUACUUUUGUCGCAGUGAUAAAAUGCGUGUUUGGAUGAUGCGUGCGCGUCUGCGAUGGACCCUCCGUAUUAUUAUUACUUACAAGGAGCUCUAGAGCCUAGAGACAUUGUGGAUUUCUCCAAUUUUAAGAUUGAAAGCAUCAAAUCGCUGUGACCUGCGAAUAUUUGUAAAUUCCCACACCUGGUUUCUUGGAGAGGGCUGCGCAAUUGCGCGCGCUGCGAGUUUACUAUCGGACCUUUCCAUGGGAUUCUCUCUCCUAUAUAGGAUCUCAGAUUUCCGUGCGUCUUCUCCAGUGAGGGAUUCAGUCUGAUCGAAUGGACGAAGGCUUUCCAGCCAAGUGAUAAAGUUGCGUUCUGGACUGUAAAUCAUAUAUGAGGAUCGACACACAAGUGCUGUCCAACACAGACCGCAGAAAUGCCUAUGCAUCCGGUGACUUCCACUUUGAUGUACCGUGGGGUAUGCACUAUUCCAGAUCUCCUUUCAUACCGGGCACCGGUCAACCUUCCCGAGGAUGAGGUUGAAGAAAUCCGUGAGGCGUUUAAGGUGUUUGACAGAGAUGGAAAUGGUUUCAUCUCAAAGCAGGAACUUGGCAUGGCCAUGCGUUCUCUAGGGUACAUGCCCAAUGAGGUCGAGCUAGAGGUCAUCAUUCAAAGACUCGACAUGGAUGGAGACGGCCAGGUGGAUUUCGAGGAAUUCGUCACCCUCCUGGGACCCAAACUCACCGCUGCCGGAAUGCCUGACAAAUUCAACGGAACCGAUUUUGACUCUGUGUUCUGGAAGUGUGACAUGCAGAAACUGACUGUUGAAGAGCUUAAGAGACUUUUGUACGACACGUUCUGUGACCACCUGUCUAUGAAAGACAUCGAGAAUAUUAUCAUGACGGAGGAGAACCAUAUUGAAAAUCCUGAGGACUGCCAAGUUGACAUUGACACCGAGAGUCCGACUCAGCAGGUGAAGCAAACGUGCGUACGGAAAAGUCUCAUCUGCGCCUUUGCAAUUGCUUUCAUCAUCAGUGUCAUGCUCAUCGCAGCCAAUCAGGUGCUUCGCAGCGGCAUGAAGUAACCGAAUGGACCAAUCACAAAAUAGAAUGAUAUAAACAUACACCAAUGACAGAAAUGGCAAAAAAGGUUUAAAAAAGACACACACACAAAAACUGCUGCGGCGGAACCGUUCAUCUUACGUGACAUUCAAGUUUUGAGACUCUGAUGUUUUGGAGAUAAAAUACAGCUUCUACUUGACAGUUGAUACGCACAUGCAUUGCUAACUUACUGAACACGCACACAAAAAAAUACACAAAAAGGAAGAGAGAUUUCAACGCAUUGCAUUACCUGACCUGGAAAACUCCAAAAUAUAUCCCCUUCAUGUUUUGGGUGAAUUAAGACGCAUAGACUUCUCCAACCCAGGAUCCUACUCUUCAAUGCAUGACGAUGCAUGUACAAUCGUCUGAAUGAUUCGUCAAGUAGAGCUCAACUAUAUAUUAGAUCCCAGCGCAAAGUUUACCAUCAAAGACGCGUCUCACAUACAUGAAGAGUUGGAUGACAAAGCGUCUUUACAUCCAGUAUACUGACCCCUUUGCAUGAGAUUAAGGGCUGUUUAGAGCAUGCUCAUGUCAUGUCGUCUUGUGUUAUCGUGGGUUCUUACCUUGUUGCACAUGCCUGAGAAGAUUCUUGUUGUUCUUCAUGCGAUCCAAAGGGCGUGAAGCCCCCCAAAAGUGAUGUUCGACCACUAGUGAAAUACUGAAGUUUUUAUGUGAAUUCAAAUAGUUUUUUCACCUGAAAUACACGAUGCAUUUUCAGGUUGACUCUUGAAUGAUCGACACUUGCUGGUGCAAACUUAACUGUUGUGCUUUCGCAAACGUUUGCACUGUAGCUAUCAUAUAGAUAUGACAUAGGAGCUUUUGAAUUUAAAUGACAUGACUAAAGUAAUACCAAAUGGGCAUGUUAGAAAAGGAAGAUUUGAGUUUUUGACAUAUCAGGACAUCAUUUAAAGCUCAAGUGUGCAAUUCUGCACCACUGCUGUCACCAACUGGAAACUGAAUCGGCCCAAACCAACAGUCCCAGUCCAAACUCAUUGGGUGCUAUUGUGUUGCAAUGAUCUAUUGUACUUUUAUUGACUAUCAGCCUAUAAAUACUUUGCAUCUCUCUCUGCAUUUUAAGUUCGGAAGAAAUUAUGAUUUAAGCACAAAAUGACACACUUCAGCUUUAAUGGUUACUUUCAAACCAAAUCGAUGUUUGUUUACGCUUAUCGCCAAACAUAAAUGGAUGAUAAUGAUGUUUUCAUUUGUUUGCAGUGUUAGGAGUAUGCAUACUAAUGUAACCUGCAAGCAAACACUGUGGCUACAUCACUUCUGUUUUAAAAAUGUGUCGUUCUUUCAUAACAAAUGUUGCAUUUGUGAAAAUGUGAUUUUAUGAUUUUACUGGGAAGAAUACAGAGGCGUAGCAACCUUUGGAACUGAGGGGGACACUUAUAGAGUUAUCUGAAUCCGCCCCUUUCUCAUACACUGUGUGAAAUAAAUGUAGCCUGACUUUUAAAUGUUUCAAUUAUAAAUUGACAACAUUAAUAACACACCGAAACCUACAUGGUGAACUGAAUGGUGCUGCAAAUGGUAUACUGUAGUGUCUAGCACUGAUUUACCUGCCCUUGAGAAAGAACUGCUGAAUGUUACAUAUUCAUGAGAUGAUCGGAAAAAAUCAAGAAAAAAUUAAGAGAUCACUCCAGUUUUGCCUUUCAUCUGCAUCUAUUGUGGCAAGUCCAGUGUCUGUUGAAUUUGAACAAAAACACAUUUUAAUUCAUUCAUGUACAAAAAAUCAUAUAUUCAAUUUUUUACAUAUUUAUAAUCCUAAAAUACAUGUAAAAACAUUAGAAUUGUGUCGUUUAAACAUGCGGUUUUCAAGAUCUGCAAUAUUUUUGUUAUUUUGACCAGUUCGUCCUAUUUUAAUUUUAUGCAAAUAAAUGCAAAUAAAAACUAUUGUCAUUCGGAAUUUGAAAGAAAAGUUGUCACAAAAUGUCAACAAAAAUGAUCAGGGAUGUUUUAACCAAAAAUAAAAAAUUCUGUCAUCAUUUACUCACUGUCUAGUUGUUCCAAACCUGUAUAAAUUAAUAAUAAUAAUAAUAAUAAUAUUUUUUUACAGAACUUUUAUCCGAAUUUUCAUUUUUGGUUGAACCAUCCCUUUAAACACUUUAGUAAGUAAAUUCAGAAAAAAAUGAAACAAUUUUGGAGUGGUCACUUAAUAUUUUUCUGUGGUUGUAUGUGCCCCUUCAAUUUUCCGAUUGGUCCUACACCCCAGAAAACUCAUAGUAAUUAGUAAACCAUUUGACUUGAUGAUUGCAUUUAUUACUGUGAAUAAUUUUUUACAAAAAUGAAUGUUGGGGUUUGAAUAUGUAACAGGUGUGCCAUUCUAUAAAAAUGGCAUUUUAAAGGGUAAUAUUAAUUUUAAAACUCUGCCCACGGCCUGAAUUGAUUUACAGUAGAUGUUAGGUAUGGCAUCGUGACAACUUAUUUUUGAAUGUGUGGGUGAAAUAUGUGAAAUAUGCAAUGGACAAAAAAACACCCACUAUAAUCGAUUGAUCAGCCCAAGAAGAGUCACAGGACAACGGUGUACAGGUUUCCCCAUCACACAGGCGUAAGUUCUUAUUAAUAUAAAUGGGGAAAUUAAUCAUAUGCUCUCGAGCCACAGGAAGGUCACUGAGUUAAACAACAAACAUGGAAAAAGUAGCACAACACCCAGAGAGUUUUAUAAAGUUUAAAGAAACACAUCAGAAACUGAGCAUUGCUCAAGUUUUAGGUUUAUCAAUACGGUUUUUCUUUGCAUAAAAGUUUAGCAAAGUGUAUGCACUUAAACCUUCUGGAGAACUAUUGCAAAUUAAUACUUGUUUCUUUUUUGAGAAGCUGGCAAAUGAACCAAGACAAUGAAUGCAAACAGAUGCCUUCCCGAUGUAGCUUUGCAUGAUGUCUCCAGAGCAUGUAUAUUUUGUUUAAAACCAACUUCUUUGUGAGACAUUUUUCAUCAAAAGUGCAAAUUAUGUGUAGUCAUAAAUGCCUGUUAGAUGGGGACACCAGUAUAUCAAUAUAAAGUCCCAUUUUUAAUGGAACAUUAAAGCAUAUGGUUCAUAUACAUUGUAAAUGUUUUAAAACAUAUAUAUAUAUAUAUAUAGAUAUAUAUGUAUUAGUAUUUAACAUUGCAACAUGAAAAGGGGUAUCUGAAAAAACAAACAUUUUUUAUGAGGUGCGUUGUUUGCAUCAUCUUCCUUACGGAGGUAAUGUUGUGUAUACAUUAAAGCAAUACAUCAAAGCGACUAGAAAAUCUGUGUUGAUAUAUAACUGUGGAUUUUAAUGAGAGCGCUGGUUUGUACCAGAUCGUGAAGUGCAAAGAGUUAUUUAUUCUUAUUUAUCAUAGAGACAGUAGUUUAAUAUGCGUAAGCACUUUAAAAUAGAUUUUUCCUAAUUUCACAUUCAAGUCAUUUUUAUCAGAGCCAGACUCUUUUUGUAUGACAUGAAUUAUUAAAGAUGUUUACGUUUGUACGACUGAAUCAAUGCAUGUAGAGCAUUAUUAUUUUUGUUAAAGAGAUGGCAAUACAGUAUAUGACAUAUUCAAGAUGUGAGCUGCGUUUUUGAGCAUUUCUAAAUAGACAUGCACAAAACGUUCGCUCUUACGUAACUGAAUAUUUGGCCUGUUUGCAAUCGCGCGUGUGUUUUGAAUGUUGUCCUGUGACAUUUCUUACUUUGCCUUACUGUAUUUUUUAAAGAUCAUGAAAUAUUGUUUACAGUGCUAUCAUUUCUAAGAUAUUGCAAUCAGGUCUGAAUAUAAAGUGCUGUUCGGGAUAAAGUAUUUUUGAAUGCGAGUAAUCAAUGUGCCAUAUACGUAUGUUUAUUAAUGCGACGUCACACAUUCAUUUUACGUCGUGAACUGUGAUUUACUGAGUGCACAAAAUGUAUGUAUCCUUCUGUGACAUCGUACUGUGUUUCAGAUGAAUAAAGAUAAUACCAAACCACACAU